AAGUGGAAGGAACAUUGGCCGAGAUGAUAGCCUUACACGUUCUGUCUGGACAAAGAAACGUCAUCGAAUUAGCUAUUGAAAAGGCGGCUUCCAAGGCUUGCUUUCUUUCCUAAAUAGGCAUGGAGAAAUGAAAAAACUACAUAUCCCAGCAUCCCUCUGCAAAGCCUCGUACUGCGGAACAAAUCAUUUUGACGUUGAUAGGAAUUAAGGAUUCUGGUGUGGCUGUGUGGUCGGCUUCUAGGAAGUUAUGAUCUAAGGAGUUAGUUUUAAGAAGAUAGGAUCUGGGCAUAAUCCUUGUCCUGCCUUCCCACGACGAAAAACGUAAGAACGUACAUGACUAUUAAGGCCUGUCUGAACUUUCUGGAGCAAGAUAAGUCCCGGUCUUCUCAGUUUUGUUUCCUGGUUGGAGAGGGGAGGAGGAAGAGACGCACAAGAGGAGAUAUAUAUUUUUCAAGAACAUUGGGGAAUGCAGCUGGAAGAGACCUUCAGAAUUGACAAAAGAACGCUUGUUGUUUAAGCAAGAAAGUGCAGCUAAACAAAUCAAGUCAUUGAAACUUAAGAAAAGAUGGCAGAGGAGAACAAGCAAUCUGCUCAGAAAGACUUCCCUGAAGAAGGAAAAGAAGAGACUAUGUCAGAGGGGCAGAUGAAUCUUCAGCCCCCUAAUAUAGAAAAUAUCUCAGCUGGUCCUCAAGAAGAUGAGACAGAAGAAACAGAAGAGGAUUAUUUGGUAGAAAAGCUGUUACAUUCUGAUGGAUUUCCACUAAGAACAGAGGCUACUGAUGCUGGAGAAUGCACUGUAGGGCUUCCCUUUCAUUCUGAUAGUUUACCUGAUAGUUCUGUAGACAUAAAUUUGGUAAACCCUUUACAUGAAAAGACUGAGUGUUCCACCCACAUUGACCUCCAAGACUCUCAGAAAGAGGGAAAAAAAUUAACAGAAACUGUUCCAGAAGAUAAAAUCAACUCACAGGGCCAGCAAAGUCAGUACUCUCUGAAACCGAAGAAUCAUACUGAAGAAACAAAAGAAGAUGGUUUGGAUAAGGAAACAGAAACAGUUCAAAAUCUUAAAGGCAUGGAGAAGACAUAUCUGAUUGCAGAUGUACAACAUACUACAUGCCAAUCAGUGACUGAAAUCUAUUCUCAAAAGACAAGUGAGUGUCUUACACCAGAAGUAAAUGAGCAGAGCACAGUGGAACAACUGGUAAUAAACAAUUCCCAGUCUCAUCAAGACAAUGGAUUUCUCCACUAUGGAAUUUUUCUGGGAAUCAUGGUCCUUUUGGUUGCUAUUUUCAUAAGUUGCAGUGGUUACUACACUUCACACCCUCCAAGUAUGCCAAAAAAUCCAGUGGUGGAGGCCUUCCUAUCAAGGUUUGAUCCACUGAAAGACAGCUUCCCAGGUCAGAGUCCUCACCUGUGGGGACGGGUACGGAAAAUAUUGCAGAAACACCUUAAUGCAUCCUACCACACUGAACCAGCUAUCUUAAUCUUUACUGCUGCCCAGGAAGCUAAAUCAACUCUGAAGUGUCUGAGCACCCAGAUUGCCAGUGCCUAUUCAUCAUCCCUUGGAGGUAGCACAGUACAUGUAGAUGGAACUUCUAAAUCCACUCUGAGCAAUGAUCAUGCAAAGCUGGCAGUUGAUGAAGAGCUGAGCUUUGGUUUCCAUGGAGGAGGAAAGGCAGCAGUAGUACAUCAGUUUGAAUCACUGCCUGCAAGUUCCACCUUAAUCUUUUACAAAUAUUGUGACCAUGAGAGUGCUGCUUUCAAAGAUGUGGCACUGAUUUUGACAGUUUUGCUGGAGAAUGAGAAGUUGGAUCCUAGCAUUGGCCUACAGAUUGUGGAAGAAAAUGUGCGGGACUUCCUCUGGGCCAAAUUCACAAACUCUGAUUUACCUGGAUCUUACAACCUUAUGGAUACGGAUAAGCUAAGUGGGCUCUGGAGUCGCAUAUCCCACUUAGUCCUGCCUGUUUGCCCUGUGCCAUUUAUAGAAGAUAAUGGCUGCUCUCAGCAAGUGGCAAAUAUGGAAGACUUCACUUUUAAGAACUAAAGAAAAAAGAGGAACCCAGCUUUAAACCCUCCCUCCCCAGCCCUCUGAAGGAUUUGCACAAAUCAGAUUUUUUUUUUUUGAUUGCCCGAGAGGACUAAAGGUAUUAACAAGCUAUUUUUAAAUCAAUUAUGCAUUGUGAUGUUGGUUUUGAUUAUGACUUUCAUAACCAGAGAAGUUACUGAAUUGAUUUUGUUGUUGAGUUGGCAUUUGUGAUGCAAUUUAAUGCAAUAUUUUUAAAGAUGGAUAACUAGUAUAAUUUGCACAUUUAUAUAUCCAGAAUAAGUUUGCCAUUGGAGGAAAAUGGAAACAGUACAAUUUUUUAAUAUGGAAGGCAAUUUCCUCAAUGUAGAAAAAAAUGCUAAUGUACAGGUUGGAUAGCUUAACCUAGAACUCAUGAGUGGCAUGUGAGCAUUUUAGUAGUUUACGUGAACUCCUCCUCCAAGCAAACACUGCAGAGUUUAGCAUAUUUGCACAAGAUCUCCUUAUACUAGUUCAGUCAACUUACUGAAAAUUAGAUGCUGAUAUUAAGGCUAAUUGCAAAAUAAACCAGAUCUGAUUUUCUUAAUUUGUGCAGUUAAUAUAUUGAAUUUAUUAAAAAAAAUUUUUUAAUAUAGAUUCCACUUGGAUUGAGGUGUCAAAUAAAUUAAAUGCAUUAUAUUUAUGCCUAUAAGGGAUAUUUCCAAAAUGGUAUAUAAUGUGAUAUAGCAUUCUGUAUAUAAAGAAGCUAUUGUGUAUUACAUCUCUUCUCAAUUUCAGUGAUUUAAAUUUGUGAUGUAAACUGCAAUUCCUUCCAAAGAUACAACAUAAAUAUCCUAGUGGGAACAGAAGAAGAUGCCUCUUGCUCAGUCAGUAUAACAUUUCAUCUAAUUUAGUAUUUUUGCAGUGGCUGGUUAGGACUCUUAGACUUACCUGGAUAUGUUGGCACGGAAGGUGGCUGAGAAUUCUUAGAACUGCUAUUGUAAAACAUUUGGAGGGUGUCUGGUUGGAAAAGCUACCUUAGAAUGACAUAGGUAUAAUUCAGUUCUAGUCAUAAAUUGGGACUGUCUAAUUAGUGACUACAAAGUUCACAGAUUUAGAAGAAUUAUUUAGUCAAAGUUGCUUCACUGAAGUGAUGCUGGGUUAACAAGUAUAUGGGUGUCCUAUUUAGAUGUCUGUAAAGAAUUGACAGCAUAAACAUAUGGUAAGAGAAUAGAUAGAAAUUAUUUUCAUUUUAUUUAACUUUAUUACAGAUGAAAUAUAAAAAAUUGGAAUCUUCCUUUGCAAACCUUGCUAGACAUAUUUACAUACUUUGAUUGUCAUGUGGAUUGUAACUCUCACAUCUCCAUCUACCUUUAGUAAAUGUUUCUCCUGAACAAACAUAUUGGAUCUACAGUAUUUUCAUGUGAAGAUCAUGUUGUUUUUAGCACAGAUCGGUACUGGGUAGAGCUCUUCAGAUUCCAGUUAAGUAAAUUGAUGAGCAAUGUGAAAGCAGGACAACUCAUGUGAGCUCCUGUUGAUGUUGGUUUGUGCUGAAAUUAAAACUUCUGUUCUCAAAUUUAUAGGACCACAAAAAGCUGGAAGAAGGCAGUGACAAACCACUUCUAUAUUGUUGCCAAAAAGCCUGCAUGAACAGGUCUGUGUAGUUACCAGGAGUAAAGCUCAAUUCAAGGCAGUCUUUAUCUUUUUAAUAAACAAGCAGACAAUAAUAAUAAACCACUGUACACAAUGUAGAAAUUGCAUCUAAGAUAGUCAUGUGUUAGACCCACUGAAAUCAGCAAGACUGAAGUUGGUCAUUGCUGCCCUGUCUCAUUGGUUUCACUGGAACUAAAGUGGGAUGUGGUUCAAGUCUAAUGUAGCAGAUAGGAAAUAAGUAAGCAAGUGUAGAUCCAUCAUAACAACGU